CUCGAGACGAACCUUGCUAAGGUCACUUUGAGAAAAAUGGCUGCACGCAGAUUGGUCAAGAGUAGUGUAGAUUGGAUCGCAUUUGCUGAAAGGGUGCCGGAAAAUCAGAAAGAGUUUUUUAAAUUAUUCAAGACGAAAUGCGAGGGAUUUGUAAAUAAAGUGCACCAGUAUCCCGAGACGCUGCCGAAGAUUAAUUUUGAUUUCUACAAGACUCACCUGGCCAGUCCUACUGUGGCCCAGCAGUUUGAGCAGUCAUACCAGAAUGUUAAAGUGCCAUACCCGAAGGAUCCGAAUAACUUGAUGAAGGAGAUUGAGAAGGAGGAGCAACAAGCUGAAGUGAAGACGAAGGAGAUUGUUUCUACCUUGAAUGAUAAGAUUAAGGAUGCCCAGGCUUUGUUAUCAAAAAUAGAUAGCAUUCCCCCUCCAGAAGAGAUGACGAUGGAAAUGUAUGCCUACUACUUCCCCGACAAAAUGAUCAACCCAAACAAACCAACGUUCUGGCCGCACACCCCCAACAUGCAGAUCGGCCACAAGGACAGCCCUGCCUACUUGAAUUAAUGAGUCGAUGAUGUAGUUCAUGUAUUCUAACAGACAAGUGGUUUAGCUGAUGAGUGACAGAUAUUUUAAUAGAUUUCCAUUGUGCAUGGAUAUUCUGGUAAUAUCCUACUAGCCAGAAUAAAACGUUUGAUGUGCA